ACCCUCCGCCAUUUUCUCGUAGCAGCUGCCUGAUUCUAAAUGAUGCGCACCGACGGUACUGCAACGGACAAGGAAGCAGCGUGACCGCAGGCAGACAAGCUGGGGCUGUUGCUAAUGGCUCUGAAGACACCAACUAAGAGCCCCGAGCUGGGCAUGUCUCCCUCCUCUUCGGCAGCUACACCUCCUCUGGUCCUAAACCUGUCACAAGGUGCACCCUCACCACCCUCCCCACAAUCACACACCACGCAGCUUUCCUAUGACGGAGUCACAUGCGAAUUCCCCACCAACCCACCUGAGAAAUUCGUAUGCAGCAUAUGC